AAAACUCAUCCGUGUGUCCGUGAUCAAGACAUCAAACGUAAACAAAAUAAAGAUAGUGACACAAAAUCAAGCCUGUCUUUCCAGUGGGACAACAAUUCUUCGUUUCAAAACUUACGUCCUUCUCUUCGUGCCCGCAAUCGUCCCCGAUAGGAAGCAAGGAAAGGAUUUAGCACCUCAAGACACCGGAUACGGAGCAGACGAUGCAAACGCCCGGAGGCUGUAAAGCGUUUACCAGGGUGCAAGUCCUCCACCAACAGCUUACUGCCUUCGCCAGCCCUUCAAUAAAACGUCCUGAGCGGAAAGAUACCGGAGCCUGGGCGAAGCUAUAAUAAAUAGCCACCAUUCUUUAGCUUCGUAAAGCAACGUCUUCUCAAACAUCAUCGGAACGCAAAUCGAAGGGCGGAAAGAUUGUGUUUAGAAGAGACCAGACACAAACCACGGGCAACCCCGGGUACAUGGUUGGAGGACGACACUAAAAACAGGCUUCGCGAUGGAUUGGAUUAUUAACGAUGAGCUUGGGCUCACGGUGGGUCAUCUGGUGGGGUGGACGUCUGCAUCAUUUAUGGUCGUCGGAGGAGUGUUGCCGUACAUUCCGCAAUAUCGGCAAAUCAAACAGACGCAAGACCCGGAAGGGUUCUCCCUCCACGUUUGCCUUGCACUUCUGGUGGCCAACACACUGCGAAUACUCUUCUGGUUUUCCAGCCGCUACGAGCUUCCACUGCUGGUGCAGAGUGUGGUGAUGAACAUAACCAUGUUCCUGAUGAUACACCUGUGCGUGAAGGUGCGCCGGAACAAUGCGAUCAUGCGUAUGCGGGAGCGUGUCUUUUCAGGAACGGAUGGGGUCAUUAGCGAGGUGGUCGGCAAGAGUGGUGAAGGUGGUGUAAUUAACAUUCGCAGAUCAUCGAGCACCAAUCUCACUGCGACGGCCGCCGGUGCCAAUGCAACGACCUCGACAACGGUCACGGCCAAUCUCAACAACACCACCAGCAUCGGUAUCGGAUCGGCCCUGGUAACGCAACCGUCGGACGUUGGUGGGCAGUCACGAACGCUGAAGAAAUCGCGAUCUCGUCACUAUAUCCUGGACUUCGAUUCGCGUUACUUCUGGCAGUGGACGGAUUUCCAGUCGUACCUCGAUUUUAUGCUCGUCGUAUGGGCGGUCGGUGCUGUCAUCACGUAUCUGAUGCUUUCCGUUACCUGGUUCAUGGAGACAAUCGGCUUCCUAGCCGUCUUUACCGAGGCAAUGUUAGGCCUUCCACAGUUUGUAAGGAACUAUAAAAAUAAAUCUACCCAUGGGAUGAGCAUCUGCAUGGUGAUCAUGUGGACUGCUGGUGAUAUGUUUAAGACUGGUUACUUUAUUUUAAGACAUGCACCCACACAAUUCUGGAUCUGCGGUACGCUGCAGGUCAGCUUAGAUCUCGCUAUAUUGCUACAGGUCUACAUUUAUCGUAAGAAUCCCGCACCACGUAAUGCGCAUCGUGGCGAUUAGCAGUUUGCCCCCCAAAAUAUAACUAUUCAAGGCA